AUGUUCACAAACAUCAAAAACUAUUUCGCAUUCAAAGCUUACCAAUCUGAAGUAACAACAUCGACAAAAGGUCUUGACCCAUGGGAAAAAGCACUGUUUGAUUCUUUAAUUUUUGUGAGCAUAACCCUAUUGACGUAUACGACAUUUGCAACACUUCCGGACCAGAUGCUAUCUGCAAAAAUCGACGAUCUCAAUUCCUUACAUCUGGAAUCUAAACUAGAAACUGGAUUACAUGCAUGCAAAGUGAAGCGGGAAAAAGGCGCUCCCAAUCUUAGACUAUAA